AUGAGCGUGGAAAAACGUAGACUCGUGGAAGAACUGCACGCGCCGGCGCGAAAAAACUUUCCUCGCCGCCGCGUCGUGGUGCGCGGUUACGACGACCUGUGGCAGGCCGACGUGGUCGAGAUGCGCCCUCAUUCGCGCGCAAACGCGGGUCACAAUUGCAUUCUGACGGUCAUCGAUGUGCUGAGCAAGUACGCCUGGGCAAUCCCGCUCAAGAGCAAGAACGGAAAGAAGGUCGUGACGGCUCUCCGAAAGAUCUUUCACGAGGAUGCGCGACACCCCAGGAAUCUGCAAACGGACAAAGGAAAGGAAUUUUAA